UUCCAUUUCAUUUCUGGCAAUCAGUUUUAAGUGGAGGUGUCAGAGAUGUAACAUAUAUUUCUCUCAUUGCAUUUAAAGUCUAAACUCAAAAAUGAGUGGUGGGGGAAAGAAAUGUAUUCACAUAAGAGUCAUGGUUCUUAUCGAUUCACAGAUUCCAAAAGUUGAUAUCUUGUUAAUAACGUUAACGUUGGAACGUGCUGCCCAUUGACAUCAGGACAGCAGAAACUGUAAACAUCUUCUGUUGCAGACCGAAAACACGUGUUCAGAGUGCACCAUAAAAUUAAAAAACAAAAAAACAAAACCCCCCAUAAAACCUUUAUCUAUAUCUUAUUGUUCCUAAAUGUAGCACUUAAAGCAGUUCAGCAUACUUGAUGAAGUUGAUGUACUUGCAUGAUUCUCCACCAUAAAGGCGGUUUAUGGAGUCAUCACCUGGAGACUAAUGUUAGCGAAGUGGAGCAUUGAACUCCAGCACUAGCAAACAAGCCAGCCAACCAACACACACACAACACACAUUACAAAACAUAAGCCAAAACUUCUACUCCGAUUAGGUGAAGAAAAUAACCAUCAUCAUCAUCAGUCAUGGUGAAUGGACUGUACCUAUAUAGCGCCCAAGGACACUUCGACACGUGGGCUGGGGGAAACCGGGAUCGAACCACCGACCUUCCGAUUGGUGGACGACCCGCUCUAACACUAAGCCACAGUCACCCUUGACAAAAGACUAUAAUAUGCUUCCAAAUUAUUGCAGUUAACUUUUUCAAAUAAAAAAAGCUCGAAUACACUUUUCUUUUUUUCUUUUACUUUUUUUGUUCGGUUAGUGACCUUCAUUGAGACCAGUUCGCUUAAUUGCCAGUUGAGUUUCAUACUGCAUUUCAGUGGCCUAAAGACACGAGUUAAUGGUUUAGCACACAAGAGCCAGAAAAUAGUGACUUCUUUACUAUUUAUUAAAUCAGUAAUCAAUUCUGAACUGAGAAUCAAUUCUGAAUUAAAUCAUGAUACCAGGAGUCAAAAUCAUAUUGUAAGAUUCCCUAAGAUUCCCACCCCUAUUAUACAGUAUAUUUCAUUACAAAUGAGUGUAACCAUAAUUGUAAACCUUACUAUUUGACAAGACACUGAAACUGAAGAGCUGUAUUAAUUAACUUUAUCUGUAUUAUAUAGACACCACGAUUAAUUAAAUCAAAGUGAAAUAAGAUAUUUUUAUGUUACUGAGCUGAACAAAUAAUUGCAGAUAUUAAAAUUGUUUUAUGCAGUUACAUAAAGAGUAAACACAACUGUGCAACCACGGCUCAUGGCAUUGGAAAAAAAAUCAUAUGUGGACCAUGCAGGAGUAUAACUGCACACACAUAUACACACAGCCUUACAUAUGUAUGUAGAACAUAUCACCACCAGGCAAGACUAGCCAGUGUUAUUGAAAUGUUGUCCCCUGGGUAUAAAGCUGUGGAUGGAAAUCCACAAAGCACAAAAGCCUGUGGGUCUCUUCCUCCCCCGAGACACCACACCUCCUACAGGAGCAUGCCGCUUCCACUUGUUGCUAACACACACGCUACACUAUGUAACCCUAGGGGAGCGCUGCUGCAUUUUGUUGACAGUGCAAAAGUGAAUUUGUUUUGAAGCCACAUUAGUUAGGUCAGAGGUAAAAAGGAUGUGAGCUGCAAUGCAAAUCACUGCAGUUUAUUCCCAUUUUCAAAAUACUAACUGGCAGUGUCUGAUGUGAGCUUUUUGGCUAGCUGUUGGGCUGGGAAAUAAAAGAUUUGCACUUUCUGUUCAUUAGAAUCAGGUGCUGUGUGGAGCAUUUUGUAAAGAGUCAAGAACACAUACUCCAUUCAUUCAUCCAUUUAAACAAAGCAUUUGUGCAGUCUGUAAAGGCAAUACUGUGUGCAUGAAGGGAUCUUGAGACGGUGUACCCCUGGACACAGACAUGUAAAAGGCCCCCCACCCUUCCUACAUAGGAGCAAGAUGCUCAGACUUGAAUGUCUUGCGUGCCUGUGUCAUUUGUAGUCAUUUUGUGUCUCUUUGUAGUUGUUUUGUGUUUCUUUUUGUAAAUGUUUUGCAGGGUUUCCCCCAGAAAAGUUGUUAAGCCCGGUGGCAAGUGUAUUGUUUGGCGGGGGCCCGGCGUGGGCCAGCGACUGACUGAUGGCAGCAUUAAGCAAUGAUCGGGUUGUUGUACCCCUGCAUCGACAGCCAUCUGGGUGAGCCACACAAGUUCAAGCGGGAAUGGUCCAGUGUGAUGCGCUGCGUGGCUGUGUUUGUGGGCAUCAACCACGCUAGUGCUAAAGUGGACUUUGCUAACAAUGUCCAGCUGUCUCUGACUCUGGCAGCGCUCUCCAUCGGUCUGUGGUGGACAUUUGACCGAUCCCGCAGCGGCUUUGGCCUGGGAGUCAGCAUCGCCCUGUUGGCAACGCUGGCCACCCAACUCCUGGUUUACAAUGGAGUCUUUCAGUAUACUUCUCCAGAUUUCCUGUAUAUUCGCUCCUGGUUACCUUGCAUCUUCUUUGCGGGGGUGAUAACUAUGGGAAACAUAGGACGGCAGUUAGCCUUGUAUGAAUAUAAAUUCAUUCAGGAAAAGGCCCAUCAGGACUGAGGGAUCUCUUGGCUCCAUCAGGCCUCUGCUCAAAAUGACAUUAUCUUUCCACCAACCUGAAACCAGAGGCAGGUUAUCAGAGAACAUCUGCAUGCAGCAUAGAACAGGAUUGGCUGGCCCUGGAUGAGCCAGUCAGGCAUGUCAAAUGAGCCCUGAGCUACUGAUUGGCUGCCUGGUGCUUUCUGCUGGACCAGACAGUAUUUUUGAUUGGCUCUUGUCGGGCAAUUCAGCGCUCGGGGUGGUCGCUGGCUACAUUUUAACCUGAGCUGAGGUGAACAAUGAGAACAGAGUUUGUUGUGUUGUUUCUUUGGUGCAGUUUAAUUCUACUUACCUAGAAAGGGAUUAGUGGCGAAGCAUCUGUCGUACUUAAGAUCAGCUCAAAUGUUUGAAACCUUUGGCUCCAUUGUGCCUCACACAGGGGAUCAGUUUUAAAGUCUACUCUUAUCUCCUAGUUCUUUCACAUCUUUCACGUAUCAGUGGAGAACACACAGCCUAGUUAACUUAUAUCUAGAAAGAUAUGCAUCUACAUACCAGACAUUUUAUUGUAUGUUAUUAGCUUAUAUCUACAUUUAAAUUUUCUUGAUAAAGGAAUGAUGAUGUGUACUGUACGUUUGUCCGCCCUGGCUGUGAGGACGCAGGGUAUUCAGUGUUCACCUGUAGUGGGUAUUUCUACCAGCCACACCUGCCCUGUUUGUCACCGAUAUUAACAGUAUCAUUACAACCAAAGAAUGAAAGGAGAGUGCUUUCUUAUUCAUUGUGCAAAGCUCUAAGGGUUUAGGAUGGAAGUGAAUGGUACAUUUGGAAUUUACACCGGCUUAGGAAAUUAGUUUCAUCCAUACAUGAACACUGGCUUGAGUUUUAAGCACAUUAAGACAUUUUCUAAAGAAUUUCCUUAUUGUUGGACAAUUUUUGUUUUUAAUCAUUUCAGGCAGCACCAUUUUGUCCAAAUAUAUAACUGUAGCCUUUUCAGUUUCCUGGUUAAAAAAAAAAAAGGGCAAAAAGCAAUGUUUGCUUUUCUCAGGCAUGCCAAAUUUCCCCACUGAUUGUCUUCAUAGCACUUGACUAAAACUUGAUAGUUAUCCUUUAUGAACCAUAGGUGUACCUAAAUUAUAUGACUGUAGAUAAAGGAGAUAGGUAGGUAGAACUUAAAGUAGAAUCAAAUAAUCUGUCUUGGGUGCGUGUAAAGAUUGUAUGUAUGAUCCUAUGUAACUGUUUUAGCUUAAUAUUUACAGAUGUAACGCACACAUUAGCAUAGAAACAUGAUAAACUGAUAAUUUGUUAAAGACAAUUUGCAUGUUUUCACUGGGUUAUAAAGGAUACUUAUGGUGUUGUGAGUGUUGUCAGGAAAAAGCCCUUCAAGCACAUUGGAUAUACAAUAAUGCAUACAUUUCUUUUUUCUGAGGUUGGUUGAAUAAUUCACUAUAGGAGCUGUUUCUUCUGCUUUUCAUUACUGUUAACUUGCCCACAAAGAAAACCUACUUACACAGUGUAUGGCAGUGUGAAAAUCUGUUUAAAAAUCUGAAGUUGUUCCCUGUAUGAAGAAGGCGUUUGUUGGGUGGAUGGAUUGAGAACCCUCCUGGUAAGGCAAGGCAAGUUUAUUUGUAUAGCACAUUUCAACAAGGCAAUUCAAAGUUCUUUACAUAAAACAUAAAAGGCAUCAAGAAAAAAUGUAAAAGCAACAUAGGCAAUAUAAAAAGACAUUUAAAUACAAUUUUAAAAGAGUUAAAUAGAAAAUAAAUAACUAAAAUGCUGCUUCUCCAUGGUAGAAACUAAUAAAUAUAAACAAAGAAGAAAACAUGCAGAAUUAAAAACAAGGAGCUUGUGUAUCUGUAAGAGGUUUGACUAGAUCAUUUAAGGGACAUUUUUAUAACAAUUUGUGUUGAAAUAGGUUGGGUAUAAUUACAAUAAUGUUACAGUAUUUAAAACAGAAACUGUAAAAACAGUGUUUUUGUAAUAUUCCAUGAUAUAGGUUAGGUGAUGUGGAAAAACAUGAUGGAGAAACCUUUUAAUGCAUUUUUGUUUUCUGAACAUGUGCAAUUUGUUUUGGUGUAAUAAAGACCAUGGCCUUUUUGGUAACUGAA